AUGGCCGCGAAUACAGAACCUGGCUUCUUCCGCUUGAUCGUGCUAUCACAGGGUCAAUGGGAAGAUGAGAUUCGUUGCACACUUCUGCCCUUCGACCGCUCACGAGAUGGGUACCCCCCGUACAAGGCCUUGUCAUAUGCUUGGGGGCGUUGGAGUCGAGUACCCCCCGAGGUCCUGGUCAAUGGGCGUAAAGCCAGAGUAACGCCCAAUCUCGAAAUAGCCCUAAGGCAUUUGCGACACGAAGACGCGGACAUUGCUCUCUGGAUUGAUGCUCUCUGCAUUGACCAGAGUAACACCGAGGAGCGAUCCUCCCAGGUUGCUCAGAUGCGAGACAUUUAUAGCAGGGCAGUAGAGGUGAUAAUCUUUCUCGGCAGUGGACUGCAACUUGGCAUGCCUAAGCCCCCAUCUUCUCGAGAUCAACGCCCGUUUCAAAGGUUCGGUGGCUGCAAAGCCGAUUUCUUGCUUGCAAGCCAGUAUAUCGAUGCUUGGAAGACAUCGUCCCUGAAGAAGCCCGUUCAACCGUUGGAGGUUUUUGCCUUCUUGACGAUUGUGAGUCAGUCCAGGGAAAUCCCAAACCCACUUGGAGUCUUGGAGGAUAUCCCCGAUGCUCAUAUGGCUGCCCUUGCCGAGGCUUUGCGACAUACAUUACUCGCUCCCUGGUGGGAUCGCAUAUGGGUUGUCCAGGAGGCCGUUGUCGCCAACAGUCUGACCGUAAGAUGUGGCAACGUUGAAGUGCCAUGGGCAUUGCUAGUCGCAGCUGCGGAGGUUCUAUGUGACUGGCAGUCUAUCCAUGGGAAGUAUCCUAGCUCCUUGUCAACGGCCGACGCGAAAGUCUUCAAUCUGGCCACACGUAUAUUGUACUUGGACAAUUUCCGUACACAUUGGGCUCAAUCUCGAGGAACAAAUCUUCUACUGCUCCUGCGAUAUUUCGGAUUUCGCCGUACUUCUGAUGAGCGGGACCGAGUGUACGCGCUCCUAGGGCUAUGCAACGAAGCGACCGUGUUACGGCCUGACUACAGCUUACAGGUGGACGAAGUGCACAUGGCACCAGUUCUUGUGGCUAUCAGGAACACCAAGUCGCUCGCUGUUCUCAAUGGGGAUCACAGCCGCAAAGUAAGACAAGAUAUCCCAUCUUGGAUUCCUGACUGGAGCACAGAACGUGAGAGUAUCGAGCGCCGGCGGACCGAACUUUCCACUUUAUAUGAUGCCUGCAAGGGCAUCAGUUUACUAUUGAUGACGGAGAACAACAAAUCUGUAUCGGAGUUGAUAAGAGACGACAUAGCUUCGCUUCUUGGCAAGCUCAAGGCUGAAUACUACCCUCAACGCCUUCUAAGAGCAGAAUAUGCUGCGCGGUUACGGGACCCGAGAACAAGCAUUUUCCAUUCGCCAACUGUCGGACCAGAGAUUGAGAAGAUCUGUGGGGAUUUGGCGAUGUAUUAUCACACAGAUGGCCUCAGAGAACUUCCCAGAUACAGCACCAUCAUCCACAGUGGGCAAUCUCUGAGGAUUAUUGGUAGGAAAGUUGGAACCGUAACGAAGACCACAGAGCCAAUACACGAGUCCCUCAACGCUGAGAUAGCGGCCAAGGUGCUUGGUGAAUGGGCAAAAGUGGCUCGGGCGCGGCCUGUUGAGUAUACGCAUGACAUGUUUCUGAGGACAAUCUUUUCCGACAUGAAGAAGACCCCGGAUGAAUCCCUGAGACGGCUCCAGGCCGGUGAUAUUGAUUCAAGAGACGGAGGGCUUAUUCUAGGAAGAGAUCCGGACGAGACACUCGCUCCUCUCUUUCUCGAUUACGACCGAUUUGCAGAGGUCAUACGACUAUCUAUAUCGAAGCGAGCAAUGUUCUUCAUCAAUGACGUCGACGAGUUCUAUUCGGCAUCACUGAAGUCUCUCGACAAGCAAGAAAUGCUUCUCUCUCAAAGUGAGAAGCUGUUUGGCCAAAAUGGCAAAGAAGAAGCUCACAUCGAGACUAUCCACCAGCACAUGAAGCUUAUCAGUGAGGCUAGGCUUCUCCAACAUAGCAGAUUCCUUAGGCCAAGGGAAGACAUCCUGAUGAGCGAAUCCGCAAGCCUGGAUGAUUCAUUUGAUGGUGCCAUGAGGCUCCUUAAUGGCCGUCUGGUGCACUAUGCUCAGGGACUGUCUAGUCGAGAAAUCGCAGGAGAAAAAUAUGCACCAGAGGUUGCAGAGCCCGGGGAAGCGCCUCAGCCGACAGUAUAUCUUCACCGCGACGACUUCCGUAAGUCGCAAGAAGAGAUGAUCAAUGAACAUAGAGAACUGCUCCGACAACAGAAGGAGUUGAUCCUCCAGAACAAGAGUGUGUUUGACAGAGACACCGAACAAAAGCAGCUCAAGAGCCAAGAGUUCUAUUAUGACAGACGCUUCUUUGCCAAGUACGGGCAUAUGGGUAUGGGCCCAAUGCUCAUGAAAGAAGGGGACGAAGUAUACAUUGUGCCUGGGAGCAGGGUACCACUGGUUCUACGUCCCGAAAGCUGCUGUGAGAACCGCACUUGCUCUCAUUCGCCUCGAAGAUUUCGACUUAUUGGCGAUUGUUUCGUUCAUGGCGUAAUGGAUGGGGAGCUUGGCCUCGACGGCUUCGAUAUCCUUACUAUCGACGAAUUGUCGGAUGACAAACACUCGUGGAAGGAGUUUAACGAUGGCCGUGAUAGACGCCUUGACAAUCUUGAACUGGUUUACAUCUUGCUGAAAAGACUCUACGGAAUAUUCGAAGAGUUGUAA